GUCAAGUGGGGUUUCAUUUUUUUUUGUGGGAGUCCACUCUAUUGGUUCAAGGUAUAAAAAAUGGCAGUUGUUUUACACACUACACACGGUGAUUUGCCAAUUUUACUGAACUUCACGGAAUGCCCAAAGACGUGCUUUAACUUUCUGGCGCUGUGCGCAUCGGGGUCCUACAAUCAAUGUCGCUUUUAUCGCCAUAUCCCUGGCGUCCUACUACAAACUGGCGACCCCACGAACAGCGGAAAGGGGGGACGCGCCAUUUUCGCACACUGCCCGCCCGCUUCUUUUUCCGAAAAUGGGGAUUUGCAAACUAGCGAGGUCGACGCGAGAGAAAGUGGGUUAAUUUCUAUAAAUGGGCCACAGUCUUUUUUUGAAGAUGAGGCCUUUGGUUUGACAUGCCAUCGAACACGCGGCGUGCUCUCGAUGGCGCACAAGGGCGGCCGAGGGGAUACCAAUGCUUCGCAAUUUUUUAUUCUUUCGGCCCCACAAUCCGAUUUUGAUGGAAUGUAUACGGCCUUUGGACAGAUCGAUUUAGUUGGUUGUUAUGAUGGGAAAACCCGACAAGUGGUGGAUGGAAAUUUUUCUACAUCCUUGCGGUCUGGGGAGGAUGUGCUAAAGCUUCUAGAGGAUUCUGCAAAAGGAGGUGAUAAAUACAUUGUCGAUGAAGUAAACAAACUUUACAUUAUUGAUACAACGGUACUGUACAAUCCCUUUGCUGAAGGCCGGUUGCUUGCAUAAGGGUGUAAAAAAAAGAAUCGA